ACCAACGUAGACAGGGGUUAGCCACGGCUGUACGACCAUCACCACAUAGAUACACCUAGCAACGAGAUUUUUCCUCCUACUCUUUCUGUCACACCUGCAGCUUCAAUUUACAUCCACUGCUAGAAACCACCGUGUAGCGACCAUGUCUGUAGCGGGGCUCAAGAAGCAAUUCCACAAAGCCACUCAGAAAGUGAGUGAGAAAGUUGGUGGUGCAGAAGGAACGAAGCUCGAUGAGGACUUCACUGAAAUGGAAAAAAAAAUUGACACCACAGCUCGGGCUGUGCUGGACAUCAUGACCAAGACCACUGAGUAUCUGCAGCCAAACCCAGCUACCAGAGCUAAGAUGAGCAUGAUGAACUCCAUGUCUCGUAUGCGGGGUCAGGAGAAGGGACCAGGCUACACACAGACCGAGGCCAUCCUGGGAGAGACCAUGCAGCGGUUUGGCAGGGAACUCGGAGAGGAGUCCAACUUUGGCAUUGCUCUCAUCGACGUCGGAGAAUCCAUGCGUGAGCUCGGUGAGGUGAAGGACGCUCUGGAUAUGGAAGUCAAGCAGAACUUCAUCGAUCCACUGCAGAACCUGCAUGAAAAAGACCUGAAGGAGAUUCAGCAUCAUCUUAAGAAAAUGGAGGGCCGCCGUCUGGACUUUGAUUAUAAGAAGAAGCGUCAGGGCAAAGUGACAGAAGACGAGAUCAAGCAAGCACUAGAGAAAUUUGAUGACUCCAAGGAGAUCGCUGAGCAGAGCAUGUUCAACCUGCUGGAGAGUGAUAUUGAGCAGGUGAGCCAGCUGGCUGCACUGGUCCACGCUCAGGUGGAGUACCACAGCCGGGCUGCUGAGAUCCUCACACAGCUCUCCAGUAAGAUCGAUGAACGGAUAAGGGAAUGCUCUAGCAAACCAAGGAAAGAGUUUACUCCUAAACCUCGUACAUCUCUGGACUUUUCCAUCAGUGAGAACCACAAUGGAGGCAUUCAUGGUGCUCGCUCUCCAGGGGCGAGGUCUCCAGCAAGGUCUCCAGCAAGAUCUCCAGCCAGGUCUCCAGCCCCCAUGGACCAGCCCUGCUGUCGGGCCCUCUACGACUUUGACCCUGAGAACGAAGGGGAGCUAGGCUUCAAGGAGGGCGACAUCAUCACCCUGACCAAUAAGAUCGACGAUAACUGGUACGAGGGGAUGCUGCACGGCAACUCUGGCUUCUUCCCCAUCAACUAUGUGGAUAUCCUGGUGCCGCUGCCUCACUAGGACGUCAUAAAUACAAGCUGUGUCUGCAAAAGGUGGUGAAAUGAAUCCAAGUGUCCAAUUCCUCCCUCAAGUAUCCCCAGUAAUCUUUUUUCCUAAACAUUCCUAACAACCGCCUGCACUCCGCUUUAAAAAGAGGCUAUACGGCAACAACGCAAUGUGGAGCUAAGAUUGAUGACAAAUUAAAGCAAGGGUGCACUAUUUUAGCAUUAAAAAAGUGAACAAAUACCUGCGUUGACGUUGCUGCCAGCCUGUAUCCCAAGAGGUUUUCUUCAGUCGUUUUAAUCCAACUUCUGUCCCGGCUUUUGUCUCCGUUUACGUUGGCUGUCAGUCCCUCAUGAGUUUAUCAGAACAGCUUUACAAAACUCACUCUUUCUCUCAUUCACUUUACUGUACUUUGUGGAAAAACCUCUACAGUAGAUAGAAACUUUCUCUCUCACAUAAUAGAAAAAGAGAGAUUGGUUCACGUGCUUCAUGUUUGUUAGAGACUCUAGGUCAAGCAUGGUUUCAAGUGUUUAACGUUUUAUCUUAUAAAAAAAAAUAGGUUGAGAGGAUUUUGUUUUCUUUUAUUUUAACGGUUCUUGUAUUUUGGCAUUCUUGGGCAGCAGUUUCUAGAAACUAGGCCCCUGUCAUGCUCAAAAAAACUCCAUCCAGGAUGUCUGUCAGCUUUGACUUUUGACAAAAGUCGCACACUGAUCUGUCUAGCUAAUAAUGCAAACUAAAAUAACCCAUAAUAUCAUAUUUUUUGACAUAUCAACGUGUGUGUGAGUGAUUAAGAUACCAAAGUUACCUGCAAAAAAGAACAAAUCAACUCCUGUUUCAGCUUCAAGACUCACGGUGUCAGUAAAAGUGUUGAAUGCAUCAAGGUUGAAGCUUGCAAUCUCUAGUUCUUUGGUAUUUUUAUCAGGAGGAGGAACGACUGUAUUUUUCUGUACGUGACAUUACCUAUCUGAGCCAGUGAUUAGUGGAGUGAUGACUUGAUUUGCAAAAACACAAGUUGUGCAGUUUAACCCGUUUGAAGUGAUGUAAGAAAACUAUGGUGCAUACGUUUCAAUCCUCUGACGUGUAUUUUAUCAGCAGCUUGUGUGACAAAUGGUCAAUGUAUUGUGAUAUAAUAAUGAUAAUAAUAACUUAUAGGACUUUAAUGCUCUUUGAGGGCACCUGUUUUCUCUGCAGCUGAAGGCGUCACUCUGCUGCGUCCCUACUAGUACUCUGUAGUUUAGCUGUCUAUAAGCCAUUGGUUGAGAGGAAAACGAGGCCGAGCCAAAAAAAAAAUAAACAGCCAAACGGAAUGAGAAGUCAUUUUUUCUUUUGUCUCCGUGGACAUGUUUGCGAAAAAGGCCGACUGCACACUAGACGAUUUUUUAAUCUGAAGUGAUUUUAAAACCGUGGAAGACCACAGACUUCAGGACAAUUUCCAAAGAUUCUUCAUCUUUAAUCCUCUGAAUGCACACACUAGAUGAAACAGCCAGAUUGUCAGAUCACUGGAGACCUCACACCUGCCGACCUGCCUAUGACCUCACGUGAUCACGUGACUUCAGAAAAAAAAACGCGGAUGUCUGUCAAUACCAUCUUGCUGUCUCUCCACAGUAGGCUGUCCUGUUAGUGUUACAGGUGCAGCAAAAAUCAUAAAACAAGGGAAAGACUCAGGAUGAAAUCCUGGCUGGAAUUAAGGUUCAGUUGUGUUUAUGGUUGUGAGCGGUGAAAGUAAGUAUGAUACGUCUGGUGACGCCACCCAGUGUGCUCGCUCUCAUUGGUUCUUGUGGGUACUCCAUCAGCGGCACUACCACCUAGAAUCGUAAAUAUCAAACACAUUUGAUAUUUACGAUUCAGGGUCUGGGAGGCUACAACACGAUUUGGAGCAGUAAAACAAUCGUGUUGACACCACACACGCAGACAACUCAAACAAAUAAUGUGUUCGACAAGGCUCCAGUUGGUAUAUGCCCCUGCAGUCGUCGGGGGGACUUAAAAUCCUGUAGUGUGUGGCCGGCCUUACACACACAAAAAAAAACAUUUCCACGACACAAAGCCGCUGGUUUGUGCUUUUUACUUAACGUAAGACCUUGGAAUCAUGGCUAGAUUUUUCAAACCCCAAUUCCAAAAAGUUAGGACAUCUUUUUCAACCUAUAUUCAGUUGAAAACAUCACAAGUACAAGAUAUUUAAUGUUCAAAAUGAUAAACUUGAUUGCUUUUUUUUUUGGAAAUAUGUGCACAAUCUGAAUUUGAUGCCUUCAAAAUGUUUCAUAAAAAAUGGGACAGGUGCAUGUGUUACAUCACCUUCUAACAACACUGUAAGCAACAGGGGACUGAAGACACUAAUUGUGUAAGUAUUGAAAGUGGAAGUAUUUCCCAUACGUCAUAAGUUUCUCAGGUUUCCAUUUGUGCUACAUCGUACACCAUACGUUGGCAAUGGGAGACAAGUCUGAACUGCAUUCAGGCCAGUCUAGUAUUUGCAGCCUUUUACUGUGAAGCCAUGCUGUUGUAACUUGUUCAGAAUGUGGCUUGGUGUUGUCUUGCAAAAAUAAGCAGGGACAUCACUAUAAAAAUGUCCCCUGGAUGGAAGCUAUUUUGCUCCAAAACCCAUAUGUACCUCUUAGUUUUAAUGGUGCCUUCACAGAUGUGCAAGUAACCCAUGCCACUAUGGGCACUAAUACACCCCCACAUCAUCACAGAUGCUGGCUUUUGAACUUGGAGGGCUGAACAGCAAUUAUUUCCAAGAGCAUCUGGCUGCAGACCCCUAUGAGUGGGCAUUUUGGGGUCAUCUGAAUAAAGGUCAGGGUUAGGGGAGGACAACAGGGGUAGUGCGUCACUUCCAGUGCCCAUAUUGUUAUAUCUAUCCCAGAGUGAUGCUGGUUUUUAAUGCAGUGUCACCUGAGGGAUCAAAGGUCAAAGCAUUCGAUGCUGGUUUUCAGCCUUGCCCCUUACGUGCAGAGAUUUCUCCAGAUUCUCUGAAUCUUUUGAUGAUAUUUUAGAGCAACAGAUGGUGAAAUCUCUAACUAUCUUGGUUCUCUCCAGGUACUCCAGCUUCCUCCCACCACCAAAAACAUGCUCGCUAGGUUAAUUGGUGACUUGCAAUUGGCUGUAAGUGCGCCUGAUUGUUUGUCUCUAUAUGUCACCCCUGCAAUUGACUGGCGACCAGUCCAGGGUAUACCCUGCCUCUUGCCCAAUGACAGCUGGGAUAGGCUCCACCACCAUGCAACCCCAAAAGCCUGUUUCAGACUGGCUGCCUGUUUAGCUGCGCGCAUGUGAAACUUUUCCAAUGUCUUCUGGUCCCUGUCCUAUCUUUUUCUGGCCAAACUGCAGGCAUCAAUCUCAUGAUAAGUGUAUAUUUCCAAAAAUACAUUAAUUUUUCAUCAGUUUGAUUAUCAAAUAUCUUGUGUUUGUGCUUUUUUCCAUCGAAUAUAGGUAGAAAGGGAUUUGCAAAUCACUGUAUUCUAUUUUUAUUUAACAUCCUAAUUUUUGGAAUUGAGGGUUUGUACAUUUCUCUCACCAGCUGUAGGGUUCAGGCAGUAUUUUUAGGGAUUUGUCCCAUCUUUGACUGAAAAGCUGGAAAUCAAACCACUCGCAGUUGUCAUGUUUCAGCCAACUGAGUAUUUAUCUGAACACAAUGUCCCUUCAUUUGAUUCUCUGCAAUGUCAAAACUGUAUUAUCCCUUCUUUGAAAUAAUCAGUGCAGCGGUUACACUGUUUUUCACCCAUCUUGUGGUAGUGUUGUGCUUGUUUUUAUGGGGGAGGGCUCUGCAUACUGUACAUGUGAUGAUGCAGAGGGGCGGGGCUGUAGAGGACCUCUACUAUGAGGUAUUUAUGACGUACUGUCUCUGACAGUGUUCAACAUUCAAACAAACAUGGAUGUCUCUUUAAAAGCAGAACUCAUCCGAUUCAGUAGAAUUACAGCAAAUGAUGCAAAAUCACCUGAUGUCCCAUGUUAAGUGUUACUUUUUAUUUUAAGGGAAGCACAACUUUAUCAGACAGGAAACUUCAUGGACUGGGGAAGAAUAAUGGUACAGACUGAAGGUCAUGUAUUUAUUUAUUUAUUUUUUAAAAGGCGACACUAUUCCUUCCUUCUUUUUCUCUUUCAAUUUUUUUUUAACAAUCGUGUGUAUCUUUGCCCUCAAUGAGGACUGUACAGCUUUUCUGUGUUUUGUUUUCACCUUGUGUGUAAAGUCGCGCAUCUACAGUAACGUAUCUUAUUUUUGUAACCGUGACAAGAGUAUACACUUACAGUAUAGAUGUAUAUAUACAGUAUAUUAUCCAGAAGCAACGUGAAAGGAGGGAGUCUCUGUGCUGCACAUGAUUGUCUUUGGAUGUUUUUUCUUUCAUUUCUUUGUUUCUGGUUUCUUUACUUCUUGCACUGGAUUCUAAGACUGUAUGCUUGAUGUAAAGAAAAAAAUGUGAUAAGUCAAUGUA